UGAUCUGAUUUGAUGCACUCAGACGUAGCACAAUCAAAGAUCAAGACAAGAGCCUGAAUGAGUGACGUGUUGUUUCCUUGCUAGCAAAUAUUGGUGGCUGGGUAAGCUUGGUCGCUUCUCUGGUCAUUUGAAAAGGGCGAGAAUGCCGUACAUUUCAUCAGAUGGUCAUGUUGGAGAGCGUAAAGGGUGGAGUCUAGCUGCCAUUCCUGCUCUCUUCUGGGGUGUCAUUAACUUCAUUGUGCUGUUCUUCCGCACACUUAUCAAUCCCAAUGAACCAAGUCGUGGCAAUUCCCAGACUGGCUUUUACGGGCCUUCAGGACGCAGGCCACCCCCUGGGCCUCCCCCACGAAGGUUUGGCAGAAUAAGCCAUGGAGGAGAUGAUGGUGUAGUUCCCAUGAUGGGUGGGGGAUGAGGUCGGUAGACUCCUGAGCAGCUAGACUGAUCUCAGGAGCAAGGGAGUGUGGGUUGUCUGAGAGUUAGAAGACAAUGCUUGAUUCUACCACUGAGAGGAGGGACAUGGUAGAUGAGGUAACCUGAUGAGUUUCUUUUCCUCCUCUUUUCUUCUCUCAGUGACAGUAUCAAGUGUUAGGUCAAAUAUGAAGUAGUGCCCAGCAAACCUUGUCUGGUGGGGGCACUGUGGAUGAUGAAAACUCAUUUAGAUGAUCCUCUGUGUGUGUGUGUGUGUGUGUGUGUGUGUGUGUGUGUGUGUGUGUGUGUGUAAGAGUGAGUGUAUGUACAUAUAUGGAAACUAGAUUUGAAACAUGUUUCAUAUCCCACUUACAUUUGUAUCAUUCUCAUAUUAAUCUUGAGUCUUUACUUUAAAGUGUGGCCUUGAUACAGAGUUAAGUUGUGCAAAUGUGUUUGACUUAGGGAAUGAGUUGUGCAGUACAGUAUGAGUAGUAGUAGUAAAUAAUGAUGAUAAUAAUAAUAAUAGUAAUGAUAAUCUAUUAAUCUAUCUCUAUAGCAGGCUGGCAAUCCUAUAUGAAGUGGCUCAGACAAGGCACCACACACACACACACACACACACACACACACACACACACACACACACACACACACACACACACACACACACACGUAACCAUGUCAUUCCCUUGGUGGAAAGGAACAGUCUCAUGGCCCACUGUACUAUAUCCAAGGAGUCCAGGCAUAGCACAGCUGGCUACACACAUGUUAUUGUUACCAUUACCAUUAUUAUUAUUAUUAUUAUUAUUAUUAUUAUUAUUAUUAUUAUUAUUAUUAUUAUUAUUAUUAUUAUUAUUAUUAUUAUUAUUAUAUUGAAAAUCAUGUGUUUUCUUUAUAUACUUUCUUGUUAUUUUAGAAAGGCUGUGCUCAGUUUUUCUUUGUACAGAGAUUGUUUGGAAUGUCUUAGGACUUGCCAAGACUAGAGAAGUUCAAUAUUCAUAACAUGUUUACUAGUUGCUUUAUUACAGCAAUGACUAUAUGAUUUAAAUGACAUUGUCUGAUAUGUACAGCAAAAUUUGAUAAGAAGAACAAUGAAGAAAGGAAAAAUUGAACUGAUGAUGUGCAUCAUAAAAUUCAUACUGUGUUGAGAUUCUCAUGACAUGUAAGAAAUCUUUUAAAAUAACACACACACACACACACACACACACACACACACACACACACACACACACACACACACACACACACACACACACACACACACACACACACACACACACACACACACACAC